AUGUGCUUAGCGCACUCUGCAGUUGGAUUAUAUAUAAAACCAACUGUAAAUAAAAACGCUGCUAAACAACCGGAAAUUAAAACUGAAAAUGAGGAUACCGACGAAUGGAAAAGUAUUCAACAAAUGCUCGGAUUACCACAAGAUAAAGUUGAUUUAUUAAAGUCACAUGAUGAUCAACCAGCCAUCAAGGAUUUGGUGAAGCGUUAUAUUAAUGAAAAUUCAAAGUAUAUCACAAUUCCCAACACUAAAAGCAGGACACAAGUCACAAACUCUUUUGAUGAUUUCUAUAAAUCUCUACUCAACCAAUUGAAAAAGUCGAAGAGGACCUUAAAAACAUCGUUAAGAUUUGAGUUAGCUGAUAAACCAAAAAAGGAACUAAAACGUUCGCCUAGGAAAAUUGCUGUAAAAAUGGUUUCUGAUAUGCCAACCAAUGAAAUUGAUCAACUUUUGAAAAUAUUCAAUAAACGACAUGGAAUUGACUCUGACAUUGAUUCCAGUGCGGAAUCAAAUGAUCAAGAUGAUUAUAUGGAUUAUAAAGAUCAUGCAUUGCCAUUGUCCUCCGGUAAGGAUAGUGAUUAUAUGUAUGAAAAUUUGUAUGAAGACCAAGGAGACUUGGGCGUUCCAGCUAAAACCCAUCACAACACUGAAUUUGGUUCCUUCCAAGAUCUAAUUAUGCAAGCAGCACGUAAUCAAUGGCAGCGGGAUGUCGAAGAAUCAAAACUUCAUCAAGAAACCAACAAACAUUUUAUAUAA